AUGACUGGCAUUUCUCUAUCCCAGGUCGUAGAGAAAUUUUGGAAAAUUGAGGAACUGCCUCAAGUUCUCAAUCCCAAUCCUGAGGAGUUAGAGUGCGAACGUAUUUUUAGGAAUGGCAUCACCCGUGAGAGUGACGGUCGUUUUAUGGUCCGACUUCCGUUUAUCUAUUAUCGUCCCCAGCGUGGUGAAUACAAGUAUACAGCGGUUAAGUGUUUCCUAAAUUUAGAAAGACGUUUCAAUGCCAACUCACAGCUUCGUGAAAAAUGUAUUAUAUUUAUGCGUGAGUACAUAGAUCUUCACCAUAUGUCUCCCAUUUCCUAUAAUCCAUCAUUACUUGAGCAUUAUUAUAUUCCCCAUCACGGAGUGUUUAAGGCCGACGACCACUCUAAAAUUCGUGUUGUUUUUAAUGGAAGUAGUCCAAACUCUAAUGGUAUUUCAUUAAACCAGUGUUUACACACAGGUCCCAAGCUCCGACGAGAUAUCACUCAUAUCCUUCUUAAUUUCCGUAGACAUGCUGUGGUCUUUGUGACAGACAUAAAAAUGAUAUUCCGGAUGACCUGGGUGCACCCCAAUGAUCGUCGGUAUCAGUUAAUCUUGUGGCGUGAAUCCCCAUCUGCACUUCUUGUUACGUACGAGUUAGCUACAAAUACUUACGGCCUACGGUCUAGUCCCUACAUUUCCAUUCGUACCCUUUUAGAGCUUGCUGAACGUGAGCGCUCAUCAUACCCACGAGCAGCUGCUGUUCUGGAAAAUGAUAUUUAUGUUGAUGACUGCCUAACCGGAGCGAGUUCACUCGGUGAAGCUCAAAUAUUAAAAACAGAACUUCAGUCCCUAAUGGCCUGUGGUGGUUAUGAGUUGAGAAAAUGGAUCAGUAAUGAACCCGAAUUGCUCAAAGACAUACCCCUCGAACAUCUACAGGGUCCAUAUGAAUUUCAUGACCCAGAUAACCCACCAACCAUUCCUGUACUUGGUAUUCAGUAUAAUCCGACUGCAGAUUCCUUUACAUGCAGUUUUUCCUUUAAGCCUCAGAAGUCCCUAACCAAGCGUACAGUUCUCUCCCUCAUCGCUCGUAUUUAUGAUCCAUGUGGAUGGAUAUCUCCAGUUGUAUUUAAAGCCAAAGCGUUUAUACAACGUCUAUGGAUGUCGGACCUCAACUGGGAUGAUCCUCUUAACCAAUCCCUUUCUGAUGAGUGGUUAUUAUUUGUACAAGACCUGGAGAAUAUUAAACAGCUGAGCAUUCCUCGUCGGAUAUUGCCUGCGGAUGCCACUUCCAUUUCCUCACAUCACAGCCUGCACGGCUUUUGUGAUGCUUCGGAGGCUGGUUAUGCAGCUGUUGUAUACCUUAGGACUGAAUCCUCUUCUGGCCAUUGUUCCGUCCAUCUCCUCAUUUCUAAGAGUAAGAUUGCUCCUAUCCGUACUCGUCUCGCAAUUCCAAGUUGGAAUUGCAAGGAGCUGUGCUCCUCACAAAAUUAA